AUGCAAAGACAUUCAAAUGGAAAUGAUAUUAAUUAUGAAACAGAAAAAACUCGUAGUGAUCAAUCGAUCGACAUAAUCAAAGAAAAUCCCAAUUCGAAAAUAAUCGAAGACGAAUCGACAACAGAAAUUAAAUUAAGUUUACCAUCGGCGUCCAAUCCAUUGAAUGCUCGUCGUCGGUUUCAUCAGAAAACGUCAACAAAUGUUCAAGGAGAAUUCACCUUGCCAACCAAUCCUCCCAUAACGGUUACCAUUCAGCCACAAAAUACCGCGCCGAAUGAAAAUUUCCAAAAGGUCAAUUCAUUUCAUGAUGAUCAAAUCUAUUCACCUGAUCAAAUCCAUCAACUAAUUAAUGAACAUCGAAUUAGUUAUGACAUAUCAUUGAGAGGAACAUCAACAAUCGUGAAUUAUUUUAUGGAUCUAUUAAAACCAAGUGAUAAUAAAUUAGCAAUGAAAUUAUUCGGAAGUAAGAAAGGUCUUUUGAAAGAACGUUUAAGACAACAAAGAUCUGGCCAUUGUAUAAUUCAUCCAUGUUCAAAUUUUCGUUUUUAUUGGGACUUAAUAAUGUUAAUAUUAUUAAUAACCAAUGUUAUUGUUUUACCAGUGGCGAUUGCUUUCUUCAGUGAAGAAAUCAAUUCUUUACGAUGGAUUAUUUUCAAUGUUAUUUCCGAUGCUUUUUUUCUCUUUGAUAUCGUUGUCAAUUUUCGAACAGGUGUGUUGAGAAAUGAUUACAUUGAUGAAAUUAUUCUUGAACCACGUCUGAUUGCUAUGCAUUAUAUCAAAACCUGGUUUAUGAUUGAUUUAUUGAGUUCAUUACCAGUUGAUUAUUUAUUUCUAUUUCUCGAUAGUGGUGAUCAUACGGGUGGUUAUACAAUAGCUCGAACCGGACGAGCUAUCAAAGUUCUUCGGCUUGUUAAAUUACUUUCAUUAUUACGAUUACUACGAUUGUCACGUCUUGUCAGAUACAUUCAUCAAUGGGAAGAGUUCUUAUCAAUAGCAAGCAUGGUUAUGCGUAUAUUAAAUCUAUUAGCACUAAUCAUAUUAUUGGCACAUUGGAAUGGAUGUUUACAAUUUAUGGUUCCUAUGUUUCAAAAUUUUCCGUCAGAUUGUUGGGUUGCACUUAAUGGCCUUCAAAAUGCUCCAUGGACUGAACAAUACACUGUUGCACUAUUUAAAGCACUUUCACACAUGUUAUGUAUUGGAUAUGGAAGAUAUCCUCCGCAAAGUUAUGUUGAUAUGUGGUUAACAAUGCUCUCGAUGGUCAUUGGCGCCAUGUGCUAUGCGGUGACAAUUGGUCAUGUUUCUGCUCUUGUUCAAAGCUUUGAUACAUCAAGAAGACUAUAUAAUGAAAAGUUCAAACAAGUUGAAGAAUACAUGGCAUGGAGAAAAUUACCUCGGCAAAUGCGGAACAGAAUAACAGAUUAUUAUGAACAUCGCUAUCAAGGAAAAAUCUUCCACGAAGAUACGAUUCUUACUGAACUAUCGGAACGAUUACGAUUGGAUGUUAUUAAUUAUAAUUGUCGUUCACUUGUAUCAUCAGUUCCAUUUUUUACCAAUGCAGAUCCAAAUUUUGUCUCUGACGUUGUUACCAAAUUACAUUUUGAAGUCUUUCAACCUGGUGAUCAAAUCAUAAGUGAAGGAACAAUUGGAGAUAAAAUGUAUUUUAUACAAGAAGGCGUUGUGGAUAUAAUUAAAGCUGACGGUACGGUCUUAACAACACUCUCCGAUGGAUCAUAUUUUGGCGAAAUUUGUCUAUUAACACGGGCGAAACGUGUUGCAAGCGUUCGUUGUGUAACUUAUUGUAAUUUGUAUUCGUUAGAUUCUUCACAAUUUGAAUUAGUACUUGAAUCCUACCCAUUGAUGAGACGAACAAUGGAAUCAGUUGCAGCUGAAAGACUUAAUAAAUUAGGAAAAAAUCCAUCAAUAAUCUCGACACGUCAUGAUUUAAAACGCGAUGCAGCUGUAUUAAAAAAUAUGAUCGAUCGGGCAACUCCGCAACCAUCAAGCGAUUCAUCAUCGGAUAGCGAUGCAUCAUCGGACAUGUCCAAUUCACAUAAGAGAACUGAUUUUAAAUCGUCAUUAUCGCAUUUGCAUGAAGAAUUUAAGAAGUCAUUUAUUGUUAAUCGUUUAAGUACAGAUCGACGAAAAUCAACUUCGGAAGAUAAGAAAAUGAAAAAUUUGAGUAAAGUUUAUCUGACUGCGCCGAAUUCCAAUCAAAAUCAAAUUAAAAAAUCUCCGUCCACACCUAUGGACAUGAGUAACAAAACUCAUCAUUAA